AUGGCAGAAAACGGCCAUCAUCCUCAAAUCAGACGUCAUUCAACUCGAAAAGUUCGUUCACAAGCUGCUGCAUUACUUAUGCAACCAAGGAAAUCCUUAUCAUCACCAAGUAGUCCAAUUAAUAAAGGAAAUCUAACCGGUAAUUCAUCUCGUAGUCGUCAUUUAUGGAAUUUAGCUGUUGAAAGUGUUUUGGAAAAUGAAAAGGAAAUUCCAAAAUCAACAUCAAUGAAUUCAUCAACUGUUGCUAAUGAACCAAUUGGAUGGUAUAAUUUAACCAAGCGUGUAAUGCAAUUAAAUGCUAGUCCAAUUCUAGCAACAGCUGCUGCUCCAGCAUUGCACAAAGAAAAUUGGCAACAAAGACGUUAUAAUUUUUUAAGUAAAUAUAGUAUGUUUGGUGGAGAAUUAAAAGAAGAAGUUGUUGAUCAACUUGGUGUUAAUGAACAAGGUACUGAUAUUGAACAAAGACCUAUAAUUCCAGUACCACAAGCCACGACACCAGGUAGUAUGGAUUCUGAAGCAUUAAAUGUAAAACGUGAAUCAAUAUUGGGUAUGGCUGUUACUGGUGUUCGUAAUUUACUUUCUGCGGACGAUAUGCCACGUGCGAAAUCGAUGCAUGCAUCGACAUCAUUUGAUGAGGAAGAAGACGAAGAUGAACAAUCGGAUAAAUCUAGUGUUUGUUUAAAAAAUAUUGUAUUAACAGAUAAAAAUAUUCAAAAAGAUCGACCAUCAAUAAUAACAGAACCAAUUGGAAUUGAUGAACAUGAUCAUGUUGAUACAUAUCCUUGUACGGAAUCAACACAAACGGAUAAUGAAGUUAUACCAACGCCAGUUAUUGUAACGCCACGAACGAAUACUUCGACUAAUCAACAACGAUUACAUAAUUUUGCUAAAAUUCGUCCAUUUAAUGUAAUUUUUUCUCGUUUCUCUCGUUCAAAUCGUCAAUCAAUAAAAGCCAAACAAAAACAAAUCGUUGAAAUUCAAGAAUCUUAUCGUUCACAUCGACCAUAUUUUACUUAUUGGGUAACAUUUGUUCAAAUUCUUGUUUGUAUUAUUUCAUUAAUUGUAUACGGUUAUGCUCCGUUAUCAUCAACUCAAUCUAAUAAUUCUUCUAUAUUUGAACAACCAAGAUCUGAUUUAACAAUGAAUCCAUGGUUUGGUCCACAUCCAGCUGAUUUAAUACGAUUAGGAGCUAAAUAUACACCAUGUAUUCGUACACAUGAUGAAGUUAAAAGUCGAUAUGAAAAACAAGCAAGAUUAGAAUCUAUGUCUGGUUGUUGUAUUAAUUCAAUAACUGGACGUUGUAUGCAAACAUUAUCUGAACAAUGUCUUCCACGAUCAGGUUUAACAUGGUAUAGAUCUGCAUUGAAGAGUAAAAAUUUGAAAGAUUAUCGUAAUAUUGUUUAUCCAGCUGUAUGCGGUUUAACACCAGAAACAUGUACGAAAAAAUUAUUUGGAAACGUACCACGAGAAGAUGAGAGUUCAUGGUCAUCGACAUCAGUUAAUUCAAAAAUUUUUAAAUGGUCUCCAUCAGUUAUAAAAUGGCCGAUUUGUCUUGAACAAGAUCAUCAUCGAAUUGCUAAUAAUAUAUCACUUUAUCCACAUAUGCAAUGUAUAAAUAUAGUGAGACCAUGUUGUACUGGUGUACUUGGAGAUUGUAUAUUAACAUCAAAGGAUGAUUGCCGUGAUCGACGAGGCAUAUUUCAUCAACGAGCACAUUUAUGUUCUCAAGUUGAUUGUAUUCAAAGUGUUUGUGGUAUGUUGGAAUUUUUUGUUGCUCGAUUACCUGAUCAAGUCUAUCGAUUUUGGACAGUUAUAUUUAUUCAUGCUGGUUUAAUUCAUUUACUAAUAACAAUUAUAUUUCAAUAUACAAUUAUGCGUCCAUUAGAAAAAUUAGCGGGUUGUAUUCGUGUAAUGAUUAUCUAUAUUGUAUCUGGUUUUGUUGGAAGUUUAGCUAGUGCAUUAUUUUUACGUGAUUCCAUUCAAGUGGGCCCUGGAGGUGGACAAUUUGCUAUACUAGCGUGUUAUCUUAGCGAGUUGUUUCUUGGUUGGCGUUCAUUAAAAAAGCCAUGGAUACCAUUUUUUAAAAUUAUUAUUUGUCUCUGCCUAUUAUUUACUGUUGGUUUACUUCCAUUAGUUGAUAAUUAUGCCCAAUGUUUUGGUUUUCUCAUUGGUUUUAUGUUAAAUAUGAUUGUUUUUCCUGAUGUUAGUUAUAAGAAGAAUGUUCGUCAUUUUGUUGUCGUUACCGCAUCAUUAGCAAUAACAAUUGCCCUAUUUAUUGUAUUAAUUACAUUAUUUUAUACUGUACCAUUUAAAUGUGCAUCAUGUAAAUUAUUUAGUUGUCCAUUUGGAAAAAUUUGCAAUGUUGAAAAACGCGAUUUAAUCUAG